CAACAAAAUAUUUUUUUUUGUAAAUGUCAAGGAUUGUUUACUUGACAUCCGUGUCUGCAUCGGGCUUGCACGUACCGUUACGGUAAACGUGCAAAUGACAAUAUGCAUAUCCGCAUAUCCGCAUUAGUUGACCAAUGAUUACAAACGAAUCAGUUAAAUCGUCGCAAAACACAAUGUCUUUAUCGACUGUGUUAAUAAGUGCGGUUAUUGCCUUGGUGCUAACAAGCGUUAAUGCCGCUCCAAGUCCGCCUCUCGAGUGUGCGGUAGCAGCCUGCAUGAUUCCAGAUUGUCCUGAUGGGGAGGUCAUCACAAAUUCCGACUCCUGCUGCCCCAUAUGCAGUCCUAUCUACAAGAAGUGCUUCCACACAGACGGAAAGACCUAUGCACACGGCGAAACGUUUAAGGAUAAGUGUAACAGUUGCGUUUGCAGAGACGGCAGUGUAUCCUGCACAAAGAUCGGCUGUAUCGAAAAAGCAGGAGAGUGCCCUACUCCGUGGCCUUUCGGAGAGUGCACGAGUAUUCACAUGUGCACCGAUGACUGGGAUUGCCCGAAUGAACAGAAAUGUUGUAGAAACGGCUGUGGAAAGGUGUGCAGAAUUCCUAUAACUUCAACGACUCACAGAUGCUACCAAAGUGGCGUUUGGUAUAAUGAUGGGGAAACUGUACCACAGAAAGAGUCCAACCCAUGCCUAUACUGUAGGUGCCACAAUGGAGUCAUAACUUGCGACCCCGUGAUGUGUCCAGCCUGUGAAGGAAUCAGGCCCCCAGGCGCGUGUUGUCCUGACUGCAGUUGGGCAGCCGACUGAGGUUGCCCGGUUUUCGGAAGAUAUGGGAAACCUGCCAAGGUCGAACUAAAUAAGUCGGAAAUUCACGAUCUAAUGAUGGGCUGCUGAGAUAUAGGAAUGCGUUUGUUGACAUAGUGUGAGACUACAAAAAUAGUGAAUAUUAACGGAAAUAUCAAUGGAAUAUAAUCUGUGAUUUUUACCGCCAAGACUUUCCUUAAAUGCAAAAAUAUAACAGUUUAUUCCAGGAUGACUAUCACCUUGUUCGUCAAACUGUUUUAACAUCCUAGAAGGCUAAUGCUUUUUGCGUUGAAUAAUACGAGCGAAACAAGGACAAGGACGUUGAUCAAGAGCACUGUUCUAGAGUCAAUAGUUCCCAGCGGACGUGUUAAGCUAGUUAACCCAUUUACCGGACUUGACUCGACUCGACUUAAAUCAAAAGAAUCCCAAAGAAUUGACAGAUCUCUGAGACGCCAUAAAAAUAUGGUAGAACAAAAGAAUAUGUUUCUUUAUGAAAUAAAUCUAUGGCAAUUGCAUAUUCUUUGUCAAUCUAUUUUUGGCAUUAUUUGCGAUGGAACCCAAACUUAAAGUUGACUUGUCUGUUCAGGAAUUCUGAUUGGAAUUGCAACUAUUCCAUUGGUUUCAUGUAUUUACUUGUUACAGGCUUAAAGUAAGGAGGAACCUUUGAGGUUUUCUGUGUGUCUGCUGAAGUAUCCCCUCCACUGUUGUUAGAUUUAUUGGGAGUUCCACUUGUCUUUGGUUUGCUUGACCCACUGCCCAUCUUACAUAGAAAAACAUAAAUAAAAUAAUAUAAAUCAAAAUGUUCCCAUAGCAUAAAUUCACAUAUAUUUGUUCAAAAAAGUUUCAUCAAACUGAUUUCACUUCUAAUGACCCGUUUCGGGUAAUUAGAUAAAUUAUGUUUAAUACUCGAUUUUUCUUUUCUUUCCAUAGAUGUUGUUAAUAACAGUUUAUACAAGGAAACAUUUUCAUUACAUAGACUAGCUAAAGAACUUCCAGCAACAAGUUUUAUAGUGCUAAUUUGGACCUGUUUUUUAAGAAAUCUUUUAAUCAAUGACAUUGUUUAAGUUUUAUCAUUGUUAGAAGAAUUAACCACCCACAUUUUAUUUAUAUAUCUAAUUAACUAUCUAUACAGCUUGUGAUAUCUGUUAUUAUUCACAAUAUUGCCAUAGAUGAACUUUAUAUUACUAUCAGAGCUAUACUUAAAUUAUUUACUUGUUAUCAAUAUUGUCUUUUUUAUCACGAUGAUCACACGCAUGAAUAUUUUGUUUACUUGUUUAUAUUUGUAUGACAAGAAUGGAGAUUGCCUUGUUUCAUAAAUGUCGAAAUAAU